AUGGUAAGGCAUGCGGCAAGAACCCAGAUUUAGGCUCCUCGCUCAAGGCUUGCAUGACGGCGAUGAGCCCAGAUCUGCUUUGGAUGGAGGAGGAGAGGAAGGGAGAAGAGAGGAGAAGCGAAGGAAAUGAGAAAAAGACCCUAAGAGGGUAUCAAUGGUCUGGCAAUGAUUUUGUUGAAGUAGGUCACCAUCUGGUCCAUGAAUGGGUCAGUGGCGGCGAUGGUAAGAGCUACUAGUGGUGUAGAAUUGUGAAAACUAGGGGGCUAAGGAGGGAAAGGUGAGCCAUUGGAUUAGCAUUUUUUGAAUUACAUUUAGAUCUAAAGAAAGGGCAGUAGAGGAAACUAGAUCUGGGUAGAAUUUCUCUCAUUUUUUUCUUAGGUUCAUGGAAAUAUUCAUCAAUCAAACUUCUCUUUAUAAGAGAGAAUGAGCUUACGCAAUUGCAAUCAAGAAGAUCUGUUGGAAGCUGCUUCUAAUCUGCUUGGUUCAAUUUGUUUGUGUCCAAUUUCUUGAAUAUCUUCUUUUUCUUCUAGACUUGCAGGUACACAACUCAUUCUGUGAUAUUCCUUUCUGGUAUAAAAUGAAAGUAAAAUC